ACGUCAGUGGCGCUCGGGAGGUCGGAGGGAGAAGGCGGGUGGAUGAACGCAGGUCCUGGGUGUGCGUCCGCGUCCGUGUGCGUGUGUGUGUGUGGCAGCGGAGAGAGAGAGAGAGAAAGAGACACAGAGAGAGCCUCGAGUGUGCGCAUAACGGCUGCCUCUCUCUCUCGUUCUGCCGUUCUCUCCCGUUCUUUCUCGCGGAGACGAAAGACGAGGCUCACGACGCGCUGGAUGCAUAACGGGGAUUCGAGUGUGUAAUGGACACCCAGCGCCGGCGAUUGGAGGGAGAGGGAAAGGGUGAUUGGCGAGUCUCCGAUCUUCCGCAAGGUGGGCGUCCCCUUCUGGUGGGGGCGGGGAUGAGGGCGCUGAGGGCGGAAUAAGAGAGAGGUCGGUGGUGGUGGAGAUGAGACCGGGGAAGCAUGGGGGACGUGAUAAUAAAGGGAUGAAACAGGAAAAUAGAGGAUAAAGUGAUGACGAAGGAGGAGACUAGAAAAUGAGGGAUAAAGUGGUAAUAAAAAAUGAAACUAGAAAAUAAGAGAUAAAGUUGGUGAUGAAGGAUAAGACUGGAAAAUCAUGGAUGAAGUGAAGAGGAAGAGAGGAGUCUUACGUGAUUCGGCAAAGGAAGUGAUUCGUGAAUAUGAAAGAUGAUUUUGAAAUGUGGCUAAUCCACGUUCAAACCUAUACGGCCUAAGCGAAAAAAAAACAAAAACAAAACAAACACACACGACAUUUUAUCAAAUUUUAAAACACGUGGCAUUCCAGUCAAACACCACACACACAAACAGACAUUAUAAACCUCAUUAUAAACCUCAUUACAAACACACACCUUAAAAAAAAACUUAUCAAAACUAAAACACGCUAUACCUCAAGACAAUGACUUCAAGACAGUGCUAAACCCUCGCCAAGGUCAGUUCAUAAGGGCGAUUCUGUGCCAUGACGCUAUGAUACCAAGCAAAGAUUCACUCGCUAUGGAUCGCCUUGACCUUAGGAAGAAACUCAACGCUACUAAAGGUCUUUCGAAGUUGGAGGUUGACGGCGAGGCAGAAGGCGGGGGGUCGAAGGCCCUGUUCCUGGAGAAGGUGCGCCAGAGCAAUGCCGCGUGCCAGUCCGGAGACUUCGAGACCGCCGUGGCACUCUACACCGAGGCCAUCGCGCUCGACCCCCACAACCACAUCCUCUACUCCAAUCGCUCCGCCGCCCACAUCAAGCUCGCCAAGUUCGCCCACGCCCUUCAGGAUGCCACGAAGGCGCGCGAGCUCAACCCCAAGUGGCCCAAGGCGUACUACCGGCAGGGCGUGGCUCUCCAGUGCCUGGGCCGCCAUGCCGACGCCCUGGCCGCCUUCAGCAGCGGCCUCGCACAGGAUCCCAAGUCCCUCCAGCUCCUGGCGGGGCUUGUGGAGGCCGCCAUGAAGAGUCCACUCAGAGCCACCCUGGAGCCCACGUACCGCCAGCUCCAGACGAUGCGGCUGGACAAGAGCCCCUUCGUCAUCAUCUCCGUCAUCGGGCAGGAGCUGCUCGCGGGGGGGCACUACGCAGCCGCCGUGGUCGUCCUCGAGUCGGCGCUCAAGAUCGGCACCUGCUCGCUCAAACUCAGGGGCUCCGUGUUCUCGGCGCUCUCGUCCGCGUACUGGGCGCUCAACUCGCUCGACAAGGCCGUCUCCUACAUGCAGCAGGACCUCGCGGUUGCCAAGUCACUCGGGGACAUCGCGGGCGAGUGCCGGGCGCAUGGCAACCUCGGCAGCGCCUACUUCAGCAAAGGGAACUACAAGGAAGCCCUGACGUCACACCGGUACCAGCUGGUCCUCGCCAUGAAGUGCAAGGACACGCAGGCCGCGGCGUCGGCGUUGACUAGCCUAGGCCACGUGUACACAGCCAUCGGCGACUACCCGAACGCGCUGGCGUCGCACAAGCAGUGCGUGCAGCUGGUCAAGCAGAUGGGCGACAAGCUGCAGGAGGCGCGCGAGAUCGGCAACGUGGGCGCCGUGUACCUGGCCAUGGGCGACUUCGACAGCGCCGUCGACUGCCACAUGGAGCACCUGCGCAUCGCCAAGCACCUCAACAACAAGGUGGAGGAGGCGCGCGCCUACAGCAACCUGGGCUCCAGCCACCACUACAAGCGCAACUUCGACCAGGCCAUCGCCUUCCACAACCACGUGCUGCGGAUCGCGCAGGACCUGGGCGACAGGACCAUCGAGGCGCGCGCCUACGCCGGCCUGGGCCACGCGGCGCGCUGCAUGAGCGACUACGGCCAGGCGCAGCGCUGGCACGAGAAGCAGCUCGACAUGGCGCUCAGCACCAAGGACAAGGUGGCGGAGGGCCGCGCCUGCUCCAACCUGGGCAUCGUGUACCAGCUGAUGGGGCACCACGACGCGGCGCUCAAGCUGCACCAGGCGCACCUGAACAUCGCGCGGCUGCUGCAGGACCGCGCGGGCAUGGGCCGGGCCUACGGCAACAUCGGCAACGCGUACUCGGCCAUGGGCUACUACGAGCAGGCCAUCAAGUACCACAAGCAGGAGCUGACCAUCAGCAAGGAGGUCAACGACCGCAUGAGCGAGGCCUCGACGCACGGCAACCUGGCCGUGGCCUACCAGGCGCUGGGCAUGCACGAGAUGGCGCUGCUGCACUACCACUCGCACCUCAACAUCGCCCGCGAGCUCAAGGACACGGCCGGCGAGGCCUGCGCGCUCCUCAACCUCGGCAACUGCCACUCGUCGCGCGGGGAGUUCGCGCAGGCCGUGCCCUACUACGAGCAGUACCUCAUGCUGUCGCAGGAGCUGCACGACACCGAGGGCGAGGCGAGGGCGUGCCACUUCCUUGGCUACGCGCACUACUGCCUCGGCAACUUCAAGGAAGCCAUCAGGUACUACGACCAGGACCUGGCGCUGGCGAAGGACCUGCAGGACCGGAAGUCGAUGGGGAGAGCCUACUGCAACCUCGGCCUGGCGCACCUCGCCCUCGGCAACUCGGAGACCGCCCUCGAGUGCCAGAAAUACUUCCUGGCCUUGGCCCACAUGAUGAAGCACCUUCAGGGCAAGUUCCGCGCCCUGGGCAACAUCGGAGACGUGCUCAUGAAGAUGAAGAACUACGACGAGGCCGUCAAGGUGUACCAGAAGCAGCUGGUUCUCGCCAAGCAGUCACGUGACAAGGUUCUCGAAGCCUCGGCGUACGGAGCGCUCGGCCUCGCGCACCGCCUGCUCAAGUGCUUCGACAAGGCCCUCGGCUACCACACGCAGGAGCUGACAAUCCGGCAGGAAAUGGGCGACAUCAAGGGCGAAUGCAAAGCCCACGGCCACCUGGGCGCCGUCCACAUGUCGCUCGCCAACUACACCAAUGCCAUGAAGUGCUACCAGGAACAGCUGGAGCGAGCGAAGGAGCUGAAGGACGCAGCUAUGGAGGCCCAGGCGUUCGGCAACCUGGGCAUCGCGAGACUCAACAUGGGCCACUUCGAGGACGCCAUCGGCUACCUGGAGCAGCAGCUGGCUACGCUCGAGCAGCUGUCCACCACGACUGCCGUGGUGGACAAGGGCCGCGCCUUCGGGAACCUCGGCGACUGCUACGACGCCCUCGGGGACUCGGAGGAGGCCAUCAAGUGCCACGAGCAGUACCUGGCCAUCGCCCUGAAGACGAAGAGCCCGAGGGACCAGGAGCGAGCCUACCGCGGCCUCGGGAGUUCCCACAGGUGCGUCGGGAACCUCCAGCAGGCGCUCGUGUGCUAUGAGAAGCGCCUCGUCGUGUCCCAUGAGCUCAACAUCCCCGCUGCCAAGGGCUCUGCUUACGGCGAGCUCGGGCACAUCCACUACCUGCUGGGCAACUUCGAGCAGGCGAUUUCGUGCAUGGAACAUCAACACAAGAUCGCCAGAGAGCUCGGGGACAAGCCGAGCGAGGGCGAGGCGGCGUGCGGGCUCGGCACCGUGUACCAGCAGAUGUGCGAGUACAACACGGCGCUCCGCUACCACCAGCUGGACCUCAAGAUCGCCGGGGAGCUGACGAACCCCGCGGAGCAAGGGCGAGCGCACGGCAACAUCAGCCUCGCCUACGAGUCGUUGGGAAAUUUUGAGCAGGCGGUGACUCAUGGCGAGCAGCAUCUCAGCAUCGCCGCGCAGAUGAACGACAAGGUGGCCAAGACGUUAGCCUACGCCUCCCUGGGCCGCGUGCACCACGCCCUGGGCAACACCACCCAGGCCGUGGCGUACCUGCAGCAGGGCCUCCAGAUCGCCGAGCAGCUGGGCCGGCGCGAGGACGAGGCUAAGAUCCGGCACCGCCUGGGCAUGGCCCUGUGGGGGCACGGCGACCUGGAGGCGGCGCAGACGCAGCUCGACCGCGCCGCCCACCUGCUCGACACCAUCCGGCGGGAGGCGCGAGGCUCGCAGGACUACCGCCUGUCCUUGUUCGACCUGCAGACGGCGUCGUACCAGGCGCUGCAGCGGGUGCUGGUGGGCCUGGGCCGCAACGAGGACGCCCUGCUCGUGGCGGAGCGGGGCCGCACGCGCGCCUUCGUCGACCUCCUGCUGGAGCGGCAGGGCGCCUCGACCUCCUCCAGGGCGUCGCGCAUCGAGGACUCGACGCCGUCGUCCGUCGACCAAAUCGUGGACAUCGUUAACCGGCAGAAGGCGUCGGUGCUCUACUACAGCAUCGCCGCGGGCUGCCUCUACAGCUGGCUCAUCGUGCCCAAUAAAGGAAUCGUGAAGUUCCACGAGGUGAGCGUGAGCGAGGUGGAGGCGGAGCGCGAGGGCGACUGCGGCGAGGACGCCGUCGGCACGUCGGGCUCGCUGCUGGAGCACUACAUCCAGUCGGUGCGCGACGCCCUCGGCGUGGAGUGCGGCGCCGGCGCCACGCGCGGCGGCGUGUCCAGCGAGACCGAGAGCGAGGCCGGCGACAUGUGGAACGCGCACCUGGAGGAGCUCGGCGACAAGCUCAACCACGAGGCCGACCGGACGGGCUUCCUGCGCAUGGUCAACCGCAACCACCUGUUCAACUCGUCCAACUACUCCCUGUCGUCGCUGUUCUCCCUCGGCUCCGUCAGCGGCUCCAUCGCCUCGGGCUCGGCCUCCAGACCGGGCUCGACGCGCUCCAGGAGGGUCACGUGGCAGGGCCCGUCGUGCCUCCGCUCACUCUACGAGCUGCUGAUCGCGCCCAUGGAGGACCACCUGCCCGAGACCGGCGUCACGAGGGAGCUCAUGCUGGUGCUGGAGGGCGACCUGUACCUCGUGCCGUUCCCGGUGCUCAAGGGCACCAACUCCAACGACUACCUGUGCGAGCGGUUCUCGCUGCUGGUGGUGCCGUCCAUCAGCGCGCUCAAGGUGAACCAGCGCUCCAAGAACUCGAAGCCGAGCGGCGAGCAGACGUCGGCGCUGGUCAUCGGCAACCCGAAGCUGCCGAGCACCGUGACGGAGCAGUGGGGCUGGGGCGACAUCCCCUACGCGGAGCAGGAGGCCACCAUCGUCGCCGAGAUGCUGCAGACGAAGGCCCUGACGAGCGCCUGCGCCAACAAGGAGGCCAUCAUCAGACUCAUCUCGCAGGUGGAGUGCAUCCACCUGGCGACGCACGUGUCGUGGAAGCUGUCGGCCGUGAUCCUGUCGCCGGGCGAGUUCGUGGAGUCGCGUGCGUCGAAGCGGCUGUCGCACUCGUCGCAGCCCGAGGCCAUCCACGAGCACCUGGACGACGAGAGCUCCGACAUCGCUUCCACCAUCGACCUUCCGGCGCUCUCCGAGUUCCUCCUGACGGCGGCCGACAUCCUCAACCUCAAGCUGAGGGCGAAGCUGGUGGUGGUGUCGUCCUGCCACACCCGGGACCACCACGGGCGCGCUAACAGCGACGGGGUAGUGGGCUUCAUCCGGGCGCUGCUGGCCGCCGGCGCGCAGUGCGUGCUGGUGUCCCUCUGGCCCGUGCCCGACACCGCCGUCAAGAUCCUCUUCAGGACGUUCUACUCCUCUCUGCUGCAGGGGGCGCGAGUGAGCCGGGCGCUGUCGGAGGCCCAGCAGACGGUGCAGACCACGAAGCACUUCGCCCACCCGGCCAACUGGGCGGGCUUGAAAGAGAAAGAGAAAGAGAAAGAGAAAGAGAAAGAGAAAGAGAAAGAGAAAGAGAAAGAGAAAGAGAAAGAGAAAGAGAAAGAGAAAGAGAAAGACCCUUUCUCUCCCUCCCCCCCCCAGGUCGAGAAGUCCCUCCAGCGCAUCCACCGAGGUCACCGCAACGCCAUGUACACGACGCAGAAGUCCAUCGAGAACAAAGUCGGGAACGUGAGUGGCUGGAAGGACCUGCUGAUGAGCGUGGGCUUCCGGUUCGAGCCCGCGGCCAACGGCAUCCCCAGCAGUGUGUUCUUCCCGCAGAGCGACCCCGGGGAACGCCUCACCCAGUGCUCGGCCAGUCUGCAGGCGCUGUUGGGUCUCUCCCAGACAUCCUUACAGGCAGUCUCGAAGCUCCUAGACUCCCCGGAAUAUGCAGAGGACGUCAUCUCUGUCAUGCGCGCUGUCAUCACCCAGUUCACCGUCAAGGACCUCGAGAACGAGUCCAUUGAGGUCCCGGUGCAUGUCAAGCUGUGGCGGGUCAACGGCUGUCAUGAACUCCUGGCGUCGUUAGGCUUUGACCUGAUGGAGGUCGGGCGGGACGAGGUCACGCUGCGGACGGGGAAGCAGGCCAACAAGCGCAACAUCCAGUUCGCUCACCAGGCCCUGCUGGCGCUCUUCGACACCCAGGAGGCCCCGAAGAGCCUGAGCGUCGACUCCAGCAGCAGCCUCGAGUCCCUGGUGAGCACCGACGACGAGGAAGAGUCCGUGGCCGCGCCGCCGCCGCCGCCCCCGCCCUCGCAGCCGCUCCUGCCGCACCGCACGGCGCCGCUGCUGCUGGGCCGCGGCGCCUUCUCCAGCUACGUUAGGAACCGCGGCGAGCCCGACGGCGCCCGCGCCUCUACCAGCGAGCAGAAGGGGCGCGAGAGCGACGCCGCCUUCACGCCCUCGCCCGUAGACCCGGGCGCAAAGUACGCCCGCGCCUUCCGCUCACCGCACGGCCCACCCAGCGACACGGGCUCACCGCAGCCGUCGCCGAGGCUGUCGCUGACGCUGGCGCACCAGAACAAGAUCCGCUCCAUGUACACGUCCAACUCGCCGGCCAGCGACGGCGGCGGCAAGCGCCCCGACAGCUCGUCCAGCACGAGCAGCAUGACGGACUGGGAGAGCGGCCAGGCCACGGUGCGGCGCCAGCCCCUCGCCAAGCCCGUCAUCGCCUCCAAGGCGCCCAUCUCCGCCACGCACAGCCGCGUCAGCGACGUCAGCGCCGGCUUCAUGCGCCCGCACUACGUGUCCAUCAACAAGAGCAACUCGCAGGCGUCGUCGGGCUUCGAGUCGCAGAGCUCCGACUCCGACUUCGGGCCGCGCCGCACGGGCACCGUCAGGAGCGUGUACACCACGGUGGGCAGCGCGUCCACGCUCAAGCUCAGCAAGAGCGCCACCAUGGACACGCUGGACCGCCUGAGCGUGCGCACGGAGGUGGGGCGCCCCGUGGUCGGCGGCGCCCGCGGCCGGCGCGACCGCAGCACCGAGCGGGAGCUGUCCGGCGACAACGCGGAGGGCCAGGCCGCAGGCGCCAGCGCCGCCGUCGUCAGCACCGCCGCCGCGGAGGCGGGCGAGACGCGGUCGGUGCAGACGCGGAAGAUGCCGGAGGUGCAGCUGGACUCGUCCAUCGGGAAGCUGCUGCGGCCGCGCACGAACCACGCGGCGACGAUCCACGAGAACGACUCGCUGUACAACUACCGGUCGGGCGACGAGAUGUCCCUGAAGAUGGGUCACAUGGGCCACAAGAGCAUCCAGGACCACAUCAUCGCCACGCAGAUGUCGCGCCUCAACCGCGAGAUGCCCAUCAGCGACGUGUACCACGAGCGCAACCUGGGCCUGGGCCUGGCGCCGCCGCUCUCCAAGCUGCUCAUGUCGGCGGCGCAGCCCAUCGUCGCGCCCGACCACGCAGACGCCGAGACCAAGUCGGCGUCCGAGGACAGCUUCGGCAACUUCGACAAGCUGUCCCUGGCCGACGACAACCAGCUGGCGCUGCCGCCCAAGCCCGACUUCAAGCCCAAGCCGCCGCCCAUCCCGCCCAAGCGCUUCGGGCCCAAGCCGUGGGUGUCCGCGCACCCGCAGGUGGCCAGCAUGGGCGUCAGCCUGGACACGUCGAGCGGCCUCCCGCAGGCGAGCGUGGCGGAGCUGAGCCGCCGCGACGAGGGCGACGGCCGCUCCAUGACCGACUCGCACUACUCGGGCUACUCGCCCUCGCGCGGCGCCGGCGCCAGCAAGCCCGCCGAGCUGAGCGGCCCCAUGGCGCCGCCCGCGCAGGCCAGGGGCUACUACGAGCUCAAGAACAGCGCGGGCGUGAGCGGCGCCGAGAGGGAGCAGGACACGCUGGGCGCGGGCCCGCAGCGCCCCGACGAGGCCCUCCUGCACACGGUGGCCGACCUGCACACCUACGCGGCCUUCAAUCCCGCCUACGAGCACGACGAGCCCCUAGCCAUGGGGUCGGUGGGCGCGCGCAUCGGCUCGUCGGAGAUCGCCGAGUACAUGGAGCAGCUGCUGGGCACGACGGAGCCCUCGGAGAACGACCAGUCGGACGAGGCGUCGGAGGCCAAGGCCAAGACGUGCAAGCGGCCGGGCAAGCACCCCGUGGCCUGGAGCAAGGCCAAGGGCCACAAGCAGUUCUCGCACCACACGCAGCAGUCGUCGUCGUGCUAGCCCUCGGCGGGCGCCCCGAGCGAGGCCAAGGGGGUGGGGGGCUGUGAGACAUUGCCCUCCCGCGCCUCGGCCGGACUCGGAGCCUCGCGUCCGUUGUAAAUAGUGUGUAUUUAGGACCUGGGGAAGAGAAGACGAGAGGGGAGGGGGGGGGGGGUCAGAAUGACUGCUGAUGCCACGCCCUGCCCCCGCGAGUGCCAAGUGCGGGAUGCCAUAUUGUGUGAAUGUCGAAGACGAGGUUUCGGGAAUUCUGUCGGUGCCAAAGCCUUACAAAACCUGUUCCAAGUUCGCCUCGUCUUUCGCCUCGUUCUGACCCCGAGACGAGCGGCCAAACCUGAGUGAGUGUUUCGUGAGGUCUGAGUGUGUCAUAACCUUUUCUUGACUAAAGGAAGCUUCUUUGUAUAAUUGACCAAGAGGUACUAUUGCCCGAGAAUUUGUCGCAAAUGACGCUCUACGUUGUAUAUUUUUUUCCACAAAUGAAGCAAUAGAAUAAAUAAAAAAAACAGGUGAAUUUAUGAUCGACUUUCGAAGGUUGAUUUGUUAUGGAAUAAAAAAAACCGAACAAAACGCCAUCAGUUUCAGGGGAAACAGUAACCCUCUUUUCAUUUAUAUGUGUCACUAAUGCCGUGGGAAUAAUGAACGGAAACAUCUCUAUGAAGAUUUUAGGGAAAAUCUGAUUUAGACGUUUGUGAAAGGUUGUGCUCUUGUGUAGACUGUGACUUCAUUUUUCAGUCAGAACACACACACACACACACACACACACACACACACACACACACACACACACACACACACACACACACACACACACACACACACACACACACACACACACACACACAAACACACACACACGCGUGCGUGCGCACACAUAACAUAUCCAUAUAAGCAAUCGAGAGUUCAAUGCGCAUAUCAAUAACGUGCCAAGACAUGUCAUUUCCUCAUACUAUUAUAAUUAUUUUUAUAUUACCACACAAUUAUAUGUAGGCAUUCAUGAAUAUCACACACACACGCACACACACACACACACACACACACACACACACACACACACACACACACACACACACACACACACACACACACACACACACACACACACACAUACACACGCGCGCGCGCG